UCUUAUUUUAUGUAAAAGUCAAUGAUAUAAAAAAAUAAAAAAUAAAAUUAGGACGUUGAAAUAUUAUAAAAGAUAUUAGAAAAGGGCACUUUAAAAACCCUAACUCGGCUCCAACCUGCCACGGUAUUCCACAUCUACUAUUACUACUUGGAGGAUGACAACGAACAAACUUUCAUCGAUUUCCAGUUUAAUAGAGCUACUGGGGCUGCCACCUCUGGAACCGCGGGACCUCCCGUCAUUGAUGAAAUCCCUGUUCGGCGUUUGUGCUUUUCUCCUUUCAUCGUUCAGAGAGGAUCUCCAAAACCUGCUACAAGAGCCCGAUGCAAUAGUGCCAGUGAACAAGUUCGAGGAGCUAGAAGUUGAUGCUUUGAGAGCCGUCGCUGACAGUUUCAAAAUGAUGGCAAUCGGCCCAUUAGUGCCGUCAGUUUUAUUACACGGAAAAGACUCGGCGGACAGUUGCAAUUAUGACUACACGGAAUGGUUAGAUUCAAGACCAGAGUCGUCAGUGAUUUACGUAUCGUUUGGAAGCCUAUGCGUGCUAUCCAAGAGACAGAUGGAGGAAAUAGCACGCGGGUUGAUAGACAGCGAGCGUCCAUUCUUGUGGCCAAUUAGAGAAGAGAAGGAGCAAGAGAAGGUGAGCGAGUAUAUGGAGGAAAUGGAGGGAAAAGGGAAGAUAGUGAGGUGGUGCGAACAGGCGGAGAUACUUUCACACAGGUCGUUGGGGUGUUUCGUGUCGCAUUGCAGAUGGAAUUCGAGCUUGGAGAUUUUGGCGGCAGGGGUGCCGGUACUGGGAGUGCCUCAGUGGGGAGAUCAGACCACAAACUCCAUGUUGAUGGAGCAAGUGUGGAAAACAGGGGUGAGGGAAAGGGUGACGGACGACGGCGAAAUUGUAGGCGCGGAUGAGAUAAGGAGGUGCGUGGAGAAGGUGAUAAGGAAUCCAGAGAAAGAGAGAGACAUGAGGAAAAACAUGGCGAGAUGGAGAUGGAGGGAAGUGUCCAGAGAAGCUAUGAAGGAAGGUGGUUCCUCUAAUAGUAAUAUCAGAGCCUUCUUGGAUGGGAUCAGCUUGGUGGCCGCACCUCAUAGUUAG